AUGAAGGAGGUGAUGUCUAAGAAGCGUAGGUUAGAGGACUAUGAAACAGUGAAGCUAACAGAAGAACGUAGUGCCAUUAUCAAGAGACAAUUACUGGAAAAGUUGAAAGAUCCGAGAAUUUUUACAAUUCCAUGUGUUAUUGGUGAACUACAUAUUGAGAAGGCCUUAUGUGAUUUGGGUUCUAAUCGUUCUUUGACGUAUCUUAGAGGUAUCAUUGAAAAUGUUGUAGUGAAGAUUGAUAGAUUCAUUUUUUCGGUGGAUUAUGUUGUGCUUGACAUGGAGGAAGACCAAGAAUUUCGAUAA